AUGCAACGCAAUGCCGUAGGCAACAAACAGCACCUCCGACCCCACGCGCACAGUCGUGCCGCGCAUGGUGACCGUCCGUCCCGUCACGGGCAGCCACAUUCACGGGCGAGGGGGCACACCGGCGGCCGCCCAAAAGGCCCCGUCAUCGUGGAGGACGGAACGAUCUCCGCCGCCCUCAUUUCACCGUUUCAGGCCUCACAGCCGCAGGCGGGGCAGCACUCGGCCACGGUCGUCCGGACAUCCGUUUCGGGGCCGUCGCAGCAGCAGAUGCUGUUCUACUCCAGCGUGCAGCGCCGCGGGGGCGUCUUCACGAAGUCGGAGUACGAAACCAAGGCCCAGCUGGCGCGAACAGGUGUCCUUCCCAACUCCAUUGCGUACCGUAAGCGGGCCCGGGCCGCACUGGAGGAAAAAAACGGGAAACCCCAGACGUUGCAGGGCCGUUUUGCCGGCAUGCAGUUGGAGAAGGCGCAGGAGGAUGUACGGCAGGCAAAGGCGCUUGUGGGAAACAAAAAGGCGAAUGCGAAUCGCUUUGCUGCGGACGACAGUGAGAGCGGUGAGUCGCGGUAA